AUAUAUAUAUAGUUAUUAAACUCGAGACUUUAAAAGCAUUCAAAAACCCAAAUCAAAUUUUUCCAGAAAAGUCAGCUCCCGUGUCCUCAUUUCAAAUCACUAGCAGCUGGGUGUUUGUUUAGUCCAAUAAAAUAUGGAGUAGAUUCUCAAGAAAGAGAAAGAACUUUCCUUUUCUGUUCUAUGUUUCCUGUGUCCUUGUCCCUGCUCUUCCUUUGAUUUGAAAUACCUACUCUCUCUUGUCUUUACAUUUUUUUGUACUCUGUUUUUUUCCUCCGGAAAUCUAAAGGUGGUGGAAGAGAGACGUCUGGUUUUGAAAUUGGAGAGGACCCAUUUGUAGAAAAAGUGGUGCCUGUUGAUUUCGGAAACUUAUAAGUGAAUAUAUUGGUAGUGCUAGUGAAAUUUCCAUGAUUCUGAGGCAUUUGGGUUUUUCACAGUGCCUUUUUUUUUUUUCCUCAUCUUGCUUCGGUGUUGGGAUCUGAUUUUUUUUAAAGAUUCCUCUAUUUUCUUCUGUCCAGUUUGAAUAUUUUUCUAAUUAAUUCUGCUUCUUUUGAGAGUGCAAAUGUGUUCAUAGAUGUGGGUCUGAAUUUUCUUCAUCUGGGUCCUUUUCAUUCCUUUUAUGUUUGGAUUUCAACAUCUAGGGUUUUGGGUCUCUUGAUUUCUCAGGGAAGGUUUUGGUUUCAAGUAGGGGGGGAGGGUGGUCUAAGAUCUCAGCUCGUUUUAUGGUAAGUGCUAGUUGCUUUACUUGCAAGUUGUUGUUGGUUGGGAUGUGAGUAUUUAAGUUCUUAUUUUCCCAUUUGUGUCUGCAUUUACUCUCUUUCCUUUUUCCACAAGGCCUCCGUCUGCUGUGUUCAUUAAAUAGCUUCACGUUUAACUGUAUCUGGGUUGCUUAAUUUAUGGUCUCGGGAUUUGAUUUUUCAGGUGUGGAUUGGUGCUAUCUCAAUUUUAUUGCUUCAUUUUCAAGUUCUUUUUCUUCCUUCAUGAAGCUGUUUUGGGAUGUGAAUUUGUGAUUUUCUUUUCUUCUUCUACUUCCAUUAUUGUUCUUCUGGAAAGCCGUGGAUUCCCAAUUUGACUGUCAGAUUGAAGAAAAAUUUUCAUGGUGUUGUCAGCUGUUGUAUAGUUGGAAAAGUUCUUCUUCGGUUACAGUAAUGGUGGCUCUGGAUUUAUUUCCAAUAACUUUUCUCAAGUGGGUUUUCUUUGCUUGCUUUAUUUAUUCAUCUUUGAGCCUGGAAUCCCCAACUCAAACUUGCCAUCCAAAUGAUCUUUUAGCACUUACAGAAUUUGCUGGAAACCUUACAAAUGGUUCCAUCAUCACAUCAUGGACAAAUGCAUCCCUUUGCUGUCAAUGGGAUGGUGUUUUAUGUGGAAAUAAGAGUAAUGGCUUAGUUGCUAAUAGAGUUGUCAUGUUGGUUUUGUCUAGAAAGGGUCUCGAAGGUGCGAUUUCAAGUUCUUUGGGCAUUUUAGACCAGCUGGAAAUUCUUGAUCUUUCUUGCAAUCGACUCCAUGGAGAAUUGCCCGCUGAGAUUUCCAAUUUGAAGCAGCUGAGAGUUGUUGAUUUGAGUCAGAACAUGUUGUCUGGACAGGUUUUGGGAUCAUUUCCUGGUUCACAAUCGAUCCAGUCAUUGAAUCUCUCUAGCAAUUCAUUCGAUGGGGAUUUAGUGGACUUUAAGUCGUUGCUUACGUGUGAAAACCGAUUAUCGGGUUAUCUUCUCGAUGUGUUUGGUAAUCUUACACAAUUGGAACAGUUGGUUGCUCACUCGAAUAAAUUUUCUGGGCCAUUACAUUCAACCUUGGCACUUUGCUCAAAGCUUCAUGUACUUGAUCUUCGAAACAAUUCUUUAACUGGGUAUAUCAAUCUUAACUUCACUGGAUUGCCUAAUCUCUGCGCACUUGAUCUUGCCACUAACCAUUUUUCUGGGAUUCUCCCAGAUUCCCUAUCCAAUUGUCAUGACCUAAAAGUUCUGAGCUUGGCCAAGAAUGACUUGAAGGGUAAAAUCCCCAAGAGUUUUAUGAAUCUCAAGUCCCUUUCGUUUCUCUCCUUGUCAAACAAUAGUUUCGUCGACUUAUCUGGAGCACUGACUGUGCUGCAACAGUGCAAAAAUCUCACUACUCUUAUUCUCUCAAAGAAUUUCAUUGGUGAGCAAAUUCCAAAAGAUGUUAGUGGGUUUGAGAGCCUAACUGUCUUGGGACUCGGAAAUUGUGGUCUUAAAGGUCAAGUUCCAGUGUGGUUGUUGAGUUGCAAGAAGUUACAGGUUCUUGAUUUAUCAUGGAAUUUCUUGGACGGAACUAUUCCUCCUUGGAUUGGUCAGAUGGAGAAUUUGUUUUACUUGGACUUCUCAAAUAACUCUCUCAGUGGAGAAAUCCCAAGAAGUUUGACAGAGUUGAAGAGCUUGGUAUCUACAAAUUGCAGUUCGUCUAAAGUAAUUGCUUCUACUGGCAUUCCUCUUUAUGUAAAGCGGAAUCGAAGUGCUACUGGUCUCCCGUACAACCAAGCAUCGAGUUUUCCCCCAUCAUUAUUGUUGAGCAAUAAUAGAAUAAAUGGGACAAUCUUGCCAGAGAUUGGACAAUUGAAGCAGCUCCAUGUGUUAGAUUUGAGCAGGAACAACAUCACUGGUAUAAUCCCUGGCUCCAUCUCCAACAUGGAGAACUUGGAAGUCAUAGAUCUAUCAUACAAUAAUCUCCAUGGGUCAAUUCCACUUUCAUUUGAGAAGCUCACUUUCCUUUCAAAAUUUAGUGUGGCAUACAAUCACUUGAAGGGACCAAUUCCUACCGAAGGACAAUUCUCCAGUUUUCCACACUCGAGCUUCGAGGGUGUUGAAAUUGUUCUACUACUGACACGAGCAUGCAGGGAAGGAAAGGAGUGGUGGGAGAAGCAGAGACUGAAGCAUUGGGAACCAAUGAUGGCGAGCCACCCGGUAGAAGCGCAAAGUUUCCCGGCCGAUACCGGGGGGAAAGACGGGAUGAAAAAGGCGGUGGAGAUGGCGGAGGAGAAGCCAUAUAACAAAUUUUAA